AUGACCGAAGCUCAGUUCCCCUACGAGAUUACCUCCUGGCCUAUGGAGGGUCUUGUUGAUUCACAUCUGGGACAACACGAUGAACUCAGCCCACACCCUUUCAUCGCCAGCGACUUUCCUCUGCCGAUGCAGGAGGGACUGGACCCCUCCUGGACUACCGACCAAUUCAACUGGGUCAAUGAAUAUCCGGUUAAAUCAACCGCAUUUCAACCAUAUCCGCAAAUGUGGUAUGACGCCGGUCUAGUGAGAGAGGACUGUGGAGGGAAGAAGACGGAUACUACAAGUUUCUCACUCCGCCAAUCAAUCCCCUUGCAAACCACCGAGAAUCCCCCGAUUCAUCCCCGCCCAGAUCUCCAGCUCGCAACACAAAGAGCGCUCUUCAUGACUCCCAUCCCAAAUACCCUCGCCUUCCCCUUCCCCGGAUCUCCAACUUCAGAUCCCCACGCGUCCCCAGACUCCAGCCAUGCUUCAUCAAGUGUAUGGGAAGGCGAAGCCGAGCACGACGAUGCCCAAUACAUGCAAUUCGACUUCGGGCCGUCGGAUUUCGGGGCCUCGGCAUUAGACGCCCAAUAUCAGGCUCAUGGUCAGACCCACACUCUCAGCUCCCCGCACCGACGACAAUCACGAAUAGACGAAGAAUGUCUCACACCACUCGAGAUGCCAGAUGGGAGUACCCGCAUGACAUCAAAUUGGUUGCCCGUAGACCCUGAUGCGGGCUUUGCGAUUGGUUCUUCCAUGAUGAUGAAUGAGGAUGUAACGUUCCAGGACAUGAAGCAUGCGUUCUUUCCGUCGGGGCCCCUCCUCCCUUUAGUGCCGGCUGUGCUACACUGGGAGCCGUCAUUGCGCGGUGGCGCCGCCGUGGACGGUCUCGGCGCUAUCCGCGGGGUUAUUAUGUCCGUUGCGACCACCCACAUUCCUCGCCUCUGA